AUGGUGUAUGGAACUGGUAUCGGCUGGCUUCCGCCUCCACCUCCGCCCUCGCCUUCAAUUCCACCUUUACCUCCUUCGCCACGUCCACAUUCUCCGAACCCUCUCCAUUCUUCUUCUUGUUCUCACCUACAUUCUUCUUUUCCUCCAACUCAACCAUCAUCUCCGUCUCGUCCUCCUGCUCCUCCUCCUCCUCCUCUUCUUCUUCUUCUUCUUCUUCUUCUUCUUCCCCUUCUCCUUCUUCUUCUCCUCCUCCUCCUUAUUUUCAUCCCGACGUGUCAGGUGAUGCGAGGAAGUGAUUCACACGCCCAACUGCCAGACAUGCUGAACUACGCGUUUCAAUGCUUUCUGAUACUUCUCGCACUUCUGCGCAUUGUCGUCAUUUCCGCCAACCAGUUCAUCAUCAACGGCCCCCAGCCGCUUCGUUUCGUCUUCUCCAGUUUUACUUACUGGUCAUCCUUAUCAUUAUCUACACUGUUCGCUGGAAAUAUCGACGAGAUCGCGCGCCAUGUCUACUUACUUGUCAUUUUCCUCGACAAAGGGAAUCGUUGUCAGCCUCAGGAGAGCCUAAUACUUGGAGGGGUGAGUUAUGAACAACUGCGUGAGUGCAUAGGUAAAGGAGGAAUCGGAGGAAAGAAAGAUGAGGGUGAAGAAGAGAAGAGGGCCAGGGUGAUUGAAGCUUGUGUGGAGAACCGAAAUGAAGAGGGCGAGGGCGGUUGA